ACACAGUAAGGAUCUCAGUUCUUGUGAAUUACUGUCAGCUGAUUUACAAAAAUCCAUCAAAAUAUUGAUUCUUUACAGUGUACUGCAAUGAUUAAACUGUACUGCAGAUCACUUGUUAUCAAUCUUAGUAAAAAUGUUCUAAUUGCAAUAUGUUUGACUAUAGGUUUCAUUACAUUUUCAACCUUACUUCUAGCUCCUGUAGGAAAAAUUAUAGUUAUUACAGAGAAUAUGCCAAUAUCUGUUCCUCAUUUUUGUAAAAGAAAGCAUAUAAACAAACAAACAUUUACAUCAUGCAAUACACAGGAUGGUCAGGAAGAGAAUGAUAGUAUUUCCGGCUGGAUCGGAAACACCUUGGAGGAAUACCCAGAUUCUGUUCUUAUAGAUAUAGGUGCAGGAGAAGCAAGUAUACUUGCUGCAGCUGCAGGACAUAAGGUAGAACUUCAAGUAUAAAAACAGAAAUUUUUUUUCUUUUCAUUAGAGACCCCCAAGGCCGUCUCAUUGGAGACCCCUAGAUUUUCUUUAGAGACACCUUUCAGAAACCCCACACGUGACAUACGCC